AUGACAGCAACUUUGAAAAAUGGAUAGUUAGAGUUUUAUACAUCUGAUUAAUAUGAUGAACAUAUGAUUCCUCCAAACUACACAAUCGCUUAGCAACAUUAACUCGCCUGUAAAGUAGGUAUUCCUAACCCCUAUAAGGAGGGUGAAACAGUAAAUAUUUGCCCUUGUUGCAAACAACAAAUCCACAAAACACAAAUUGACUUACAGAGGGAUGAGAUGGCCUUUUCUUUCCUAGGUUCAGGCUAUCCACUCUAUUUUAAUUUCAUAAAAUGUUGUCUUAUGAUAGUGGGAGUACUGUUCUUAACAUCUGGACAAUACUAACUUGUUUCAAACUUAACUAGCAACGAUUGUGAAGAUUUAGUUGUUUAAGUGCAACAUCAAUAUAAAGAAGUGCAAAAACAAGAUUCAUGGAAAGAAUAAGUACAUAAUUAUUGUUUAAAUGAUUGGAUUGCACGAUCAUCAUUAGCGAAUAAAAGAUUUUAAACAAUUUUAACUUAGUUGCCACAUUAUUUUAAUUUUUCCAGUGUCAUCUUCAUUUUAGUCAUAAUAUUCUUCUUUAGAAAAUCUUAAUUAAUUAUAGACAAUGACUGUGAUAUUAAAGAAAAUACACCUUCUGAUUACACUUUGAUUGUUAAAGACAUUCCAAAGGACUGCAAACAAUAAUAAUUAAAAGAAUUUUUUGAAAAGAAAUUUGAGGUAGAAGUUAUGGAAAUAGAUUAUAUCUUCUAUGCUAAUACUCUAAAGGAUAUGGAAUUAGAAUUGGAAGAAAUAGUCAAAUUACAGAAAAUUGCUCUAGAAAAGAAUGAUAAUGAUCAAUUAUUAAAUUUAAAUGAAUAGAAAAAGCAAAAGCAAAAUUAGAUCACCGCUGAAGCAUUAAGAAUCUAAUCUGACUUCGAUUUAUUUUCUGGAACAGCUUUUUUAUCUUUGAAAUAUGAGGAUCACAAAUAAAUAAUUUUAAAAUCUUCAAAUUAUAGAACGAAAUAAGUCAUCUCUAAUAUAUUUUUUGGAUGUAUCAUUUAAGAAGCAAAGAGCCUAGAGCUUAAUGAUACCUUUAUAAAAGUUGAUCAAGCUCCUGAACCUGGAGAUGUUAUUUGGGACAAUAUUGUUCACAAUGAUAAUAGAAGGUUUUGGGUUAGAUUGCUUGGUUUCACUUUUUCUUAAAUUGUAAUAGCUUUGUUCUUAAUUACAUUGCUAGAAUUGGCUAAAAUUUAAGCAAAGGAUGCCUCAAAUGUUCCAGCCACCUUAGUUGAUGUAGAAACUGAUUAGGGUGUUAAUAUGAGCUCAAUGAUAGCAGCCUUAUUAACUACUUUUAUAAAUUCUUUUGUUGUUGGACGCCUUUCUAAUUUUCUAGUGGGUUUCGAAAGUUAUGAAACCUAUUCACUUUAUACGGUAUCAUUAGCUUCCAAAUUAUCAUUGAUGUUGUUUGUUAAUUCAGCUAUUAUUGCAUUUUUAGCAAGCACAAUAUACACUCGUAAUUUAUUUGGGCCAGGUGGUCUCAUUUACACAGAAACAUAUUUUUUCAUGACAAAUGCAAUAAUCCCACCUAUAGUUACUCUUGUUGAUCCAAACAGAAUAGUAAAAUCAUUGAAAUUAUGGUGGAUUAAGAAGUUCAACAAAGCCGUAACUCAAAAAGAAUUAAAUAGUUUAUAUGAACAUAGUGAGCAUAUGAUAGAGUUGAAAUAUGCUGAUAUAAUGAAAACUCUAUUUAUUACAUUUUUCUAUACUCCAUUGACUCCUGCUGGGUAUAUCACUAGUUUUGUGGGUUUGGCAUUAUAUUAUGGAGCAGAAAAAUAUGUUAUUUGUAAUAGAAUGACUGUUAAGCAUACUCCUUCGGUUCAAUUAUCAAUUUUGAUGACAGAAAUGAUGGAAUAUCUACCAAUUAUUUAUGCAGCAGGAUACUUAAUUUUUAACUAUUAAAUAACUGGAAGUACGAGUUAUUGGGCUAUUGCCUCAAUUCUCAUUUCAUUUUUAAGUUCUGUUUUACCAAUGUAAUAUUUUGUUGAAAGUUGUUUUAAAUAAGAAGAGUAGGAUGAAACUACAUCAUAUAAUGAGGCGAAAGUGAAUUUUUCAACAACAUAUUCCCUCUAAAAUCCAGUGAACAAAUAUAAUAAAGAAGAAUAAGUUAUUAAAAGUUAGAUCAAGUCGAAAAGUCAAUCAUAAUUGUGA